GCUUCAAGUGGAGCAGUGGAGAGUCCCACAGCAGAACCAUUGGUGCGUAAUGGUGCACGACUGGACGGCAGAUGUUUCACCACCGGGACACUCUGUCUCCGCACACUUUAUCUGAACUCCUCCGACUUUUUUUUUUCACGGCGUAGGCGUGCGUUAACUUGCUCUCCUGUCUUUUAAAAAAAGUUAUCAGAGGAAGGAGAGGACGGAGAAAGAGAAAGAGGAGAAGGAAAAAAAAGUGGGCUCCCUCUUCAAACCGUCCCGGUUUUUACCGGGGAGUUGUCGUCAUCAGCACCCCAGAUAUCUCCCCCCAUUGCUCUCUAAAUGGAUGGGACAGUCUUGGUUUUUGCAGUUCAGCACAGGCCAAAAGAUUGGAAACAACUUGUGAAUAUCCGAAAGUUUGGCGUCUAAGAGGGAAAAGCUCAGAAAUGCCCGGCUGCCUCGUUGGAGCUCAGCUCUGAGGACUUCUCUCCUGCAUUUGUGCUUUUUUUGUCAGGAGGAAGGAGUCUGCUCAGAGUUUACAACAGAAAGGAAAAGUCUGAAGUGGCAGCUCUAACAUUACAGCCCUCGAUAUGGAUUGUAUGUAUUUAUUGAUGUGCUUUUCACUCUGUCACUUAUUUUUGGAUCACAUUUACGCUGCAGAAACACAAGAAAAACUCUCUGGAAAGUUAAGUGAAUAUGGUCUUAUCGUGCCAUUCAGCACAGACUCCCAUGGCCGCUACAUUUCUCACGUGGUUUCUGUUGGAAGUGGAAGUAAAAGUGAUGCUGCUGCAGGAGCCUCAGACUCUGGCAGCAGGAGAAGAAGGGUGGCCCGCGGUGCCCCCGAGAUGCCCUCGGUCACCCCUGGCUCGGCUCAGCAACUGUUUUUCAAUGUCACUGUUUUUGGGAAGGAACUGCACCUCCGAUUGAGGGCCAACAGGAGACUGGUGGCCCCAGGGGCCUUUGUGGAGUGGCAGGAGGACUUCGUGGAAAAGUCCAAGGAGCGUAUCCACGGGGACUGUGUUUUUACUGGAGAUGUGAGUGACAUGCCGGAGGCCUCAGUGGCCAUCAGCAACUGUGAUGGACUGGCAGGUCUGAUCCGGACUGAUAAUGGGGAGUUUUUCAUCGAGCCCCUCGAGAAGGGCCAGCAGGAUGUGGAAGUGAAGGGGCGUGUCCAUGUGGUCUACCGCAGGUCGGCCAUCAAGCGGGAGUCGGGCCAGCGGAGGGAGGACCUCCACAAUGAAGUUGCAGAUUUUGGGAUUGCAAGCCUCCCUGCAUCUCUGGAUUUGGUCGAACACAAACUUUCGGAGUCUGAGCGCAAGAGGAGGCACGCCAAAAAGGACGACUACAACAUUGAGGUGCUGCUGGCUGUGGACGACUCUGUGGUGCGCUUCCAUGGCAAGGAGCACGUGCAGAAUUAUGUUCUAACGCUCAUGAACAUAGUUGAUGAAAUCUACCAUGAUGAAUCACUGGGGACCAACAUCAACAUUGUCCUAGUGCGCAUGAUAAUGGUUGGGUACAGACAGUCUAUAAGUCUGAUCGAGCGUGGCAACCCAUCCCGCAGCCUGGAGCAGGUGUGCCGAUGGGCCAACACGCAGCAGCGUCGCGACCCCGACCACAACGAGUACCACGACCACGCCAUCUUCCUCACAAGGCAAGAUUUUGGUCCCGCAGGUAUGCAAGGUACUGUAUUUUAUCUCGAUCGAGGACUGUGCAGAGUGAGUGCUGAUAUCUACUUCCAUUCACAAAGGGGUUGGCUUCAAGUCUUGCCCAGCCUCGGCAUGGAGCAUGACGGCCAGGGUAAUCGUUGUGCAGAUGAGACUAGUAUGGGCAGCAUCAUGGCGCCGCUUGUCCAAGCAGCCUUCCACCGCUAUCAUUGGUCACGCUGCAGCAAGCAGGAGCUCAAUCGAUACAUCCAUUCUUACGACUGCCUGCUGGAUGAUCCUUUUGAACACAAGUGGCCCAGGCUUCCUGAGCUCCCUGGAAUAAAUUACUCGAUGGAUGAGCAGUGCCGCUUUGAUUUUGGUGUUGGAUAUAAGAUGUGCACAGCUUUCCGCACCUAUGACCCAUGCAAGCAGCUUUGGUGCAGUCACCCGGACAAUCAGUACUUCUGUAAAACCAAAAAAGGCCCUCCAGUGGAUGGAACAGAGUGUGCGCCUGGAAAGUGGUGCUUUAAGGGCCACUGCAUCUGGAGAACCAGUCAGCAGCCUCAGGGCCACGAUGGGAGCUGGGGCUCCUGGUCAAAGUAUGGCUCCUGCUCUAGGACGUGCGGAGGUGGAGUCCGCUCCCGUAACAGGCAGUGCAACAAUCCUCCGCCUGCCUAUGGAGGAAGAGACUGCCCUGGCUCUGCUUUUGACUACCAGAUGUGCAACACAGAGGAGUGUGCUGGACCGUACGAGGACUUCCGCGCUCAGCAGUGCAUCCAGAGGAGCAACAAAUACCACAAAAACAUCAAACACACCUGGCUGCCGUAUGAGCACCCAGAUGAGGCUCGUAAGUGUGAGCUGAGCUGUAAGUCCAAGGAAACAGGAGAGGUGGUGUUCAUGAACCAGGUGAUGCAUGAUGGGACACGGUGCAGCUACUCAGACCCCUUCAGCGUGUGCGCUCGAGGAGAGUGUUUGCAUGCAGGCUGCGACAAGGAGGUCGGCUCUUACAAACAAGAGGACAAAUGUGGAGUGUGCGAGGGGGACAACUCCCACUGUCGCACCGUGAAGCUGACACUCACAAAGACACCCAAAAAGAACGGUAUGCUGAAAAUGUUUGACAUUCCAAUUGGAGCCCGACACAUUGUUAUAGAAGAAAACGAGACUUCCCCUCAUAUAAUUACUGUGAAGAAUCAAGUGACUGGAAACUUCAUCUUGAAUGCUAAAAGUGAAGAAGCAGAAUCCAAGAGCUUCAUAGAAAACGGUUUACAGUGGGAGUACUCCAUGGAUGGAGAGAAGGAGACGCUGAAAACAAGCGGCCCUUUGCAUGAAGGCAUUGUGGUGCUGGUCAUUCCCCAGGAAGAGGAUGCAAAGAUUAGCUUAACGUAUAAAUAUAUCAUCCAUGAGGACUUAUUGCCACUCAUCACCAACAACAAUGUGCUACUUGCUGAGCUGGACACGUACGAGUGGGCUCUGAAGAGCUGGUCUCAGUGCUCCAAACCCUGUGGAGGAGGAAUUCAAUAUACCAAAUACGGAUGCAGAAGGAAGAGUGACAGCCGUUUGGUGCAUCGUAACUUCUGUGAGACCAGCAAAAAGCCCAAACCCAUCCGCAAACGCUGCAACACUCAAGAGUGCAGCCAGCCCACAUGGGUGGUGGAGGAGUGGAGCCCCUGCAGUAAGACCUGUGGGAAGCUUGGCUACCAAACCAGGGUGGUGCAGUGUAUGCAGAUGCUCCACAACGGCACCAACAGGCCCGUCCACAGCAAACACUGCACCGCUGAUCGACCUGAGAUGAGAAGAGCCUGCAACAGUACUUUAUGCCCCCCACAGUGGAGGACGGGCGCUUGGUCUCAGUGUUCGGUGACCUGUGGCGAGGGAAUUCAGCAAAGGCAGGUGGUCUGCAAAGCCAGCGACAACACCAUCGGAGAAUGUGAGGGCGAGAAGCCUGAGACAGUCCUCAUCUGCAACCUGAAUGCAUGCCCAGGACAGCCAGCGUCUUCUCUCACAGUUGAAACAAUGGAGAACUCCACUGUAGAAGAUGGAGCUGUGCGCCAAAGGGAUCCUGAAAACCCUGUCCACAAAAUCUCUUCAAAUGAGCCAUGUCUGGGGGAUAAAUCGAUUUUCUGUCAAAUGGAGGUUCUCGCCCGUUACUGCUCCAUCCCUGGAUAUAAUAAGCUUUGUUGUGAGUCCUGUAAUAAGAAAGACAUUUUUGCCACAAACACUCCUGACCUCCUAAACACACCUGUGGCCUCAGAACCCGAGACCUCCACUCCUUCUAUUGCUGUGUUAUCAAAAGCUCCUUUAACAACGCAGAGCCCACCGCAAACCACUAAAGCCAUCAGCAGGUGGCUACGCUCCACCACUCCAGCUCUGACCACCUCUGCAGCCACAGAAGCCUCGCCAUCCCAGGGUCCCACCAGAGACUCCUCCCUCACAGCCGGGAGGGGCAAGUCAGACCCCGGGCCUAUUCUACCUCCAGGGCCAGUGCGGCCCACAGCGGACUCUGGUGGAGGUGCCUCUAAAGAGCACAGCCCAAACAGCACUUUCGGACCAGCUGCUGCCAGGUCAAGAAGGGACGAUUUAGGAUCCGAGAGGGACUCGAGUCACAGAACCCUGGCAGUUUAACAAACAAACAGCUGGGAUGGAUGUGAGCAUGCUGCUCAGUGAGACACUCUCAAACAUCAUCUCUGCUUUGGCAGAAUCUGAAAGACUCCUAGUCUUCAUUUUUUUUACAAAGAUUUUUUCCACUCCAGUGUACUUCCACCAGACCAGUAAUGGUUACCUCAUCGAAACUCAAGAAUGAUCUGUGCACAGUGUGGCUCUGCUGCGUGUGCCUCAUGUAUGAAACAGAAGGAGGAAAAAAUAUUGUCAGGUGCUGUAAACUAAAAUGACUACAAGACGUGCUCAAAAUGUGAUGACUGCAUUGCUACAUUCAUGUUUUUAUCUGUGUACAGUUGUGUAAGACUGUUUUUUCAAGUGCAUUAGAACUACUAUUGAACUUGUAUUGUGAACAUUUAAAGAGAAGUUACAGGCCAGGGUCACAGAGGUGCUUGAGAUCGGUAUGGAGGCCUGGGUGUGCCAUUAGAAUAAUCACAGACUCUGACAGUGUUCAGUCAUAACCAAUUUAUAAACUGCGAAAACAAAGUUAUUAAUAUACGGUGCUUGAGAUGGUUUUAAUCACAUGAAGAAAAUGUGCAAAUUAAUAAUUUUAAUUUAUUAUUUAUAAGAAAAGAAACACUUUAAAAGAUUAAUUAGAUGUUCCACAGUGUAAAACUGUGAAAUUUGGAUUAUCGAUCACAACAGUGAAUAGGAUGCGGUCUGCUCUUUAACAGUGGCUUACUUUAGCUUUGUUAGCUUCAGCUAAAGCUUGCACUGCUACAUAGUUAAUGUUACUACAUAGGCCAAUGGAGCUAAAUUAGCUUUAGUAACAUAAGCUAGUAAAUGUAGCUAAAGUUAACAUAGCUACGCAGGUAAUGUAGCUUUGUAGGCUUUAUAUUUAACUACAUUAGCUAUGUAAGCUACAUAGCUACAUCAUCGUCGUAGCUUAGAAAGUUGACCUAGCUUUAUUAGACAAAAUGACUUACAUUAGCGAUGUAGCUACAUUAUCUGCAAGCUAACAUUAGCUUGUAGCUACGGUAUCCAUAGAUAACACACUUUUUUUGUUUAGCUAAAGUUAACACAGCUACAUAGUUAACAGUACUGCAUAAGCCAAUGUACCUUAGUUUGCUUUAGAAAUGUAAGCUUUUGUAAAUGUAGCUAAAGUGAAAGUAGCAACAUAGGUAAUGUAGCUUAGUAAGCAUUAUAUUUAGCUGCAUUAGCUAUAUUAGCUAAGUGGCUACGUCAUCAGUGUAGCUUACAUAGUAAAUGUAACUCUAUUAGCUUUAGAUUUAGCUAUAUAGGUAUAUUUUCUACAAGCUAACAUUAGCUUGUAGCUAUGGGAUACAGUGAUAGUGAGCUUUGUUCUCUUUAAGUUAAGCUAACACUGCCUCAUAGUUAACGUUACUACAUAAGGUGUAGCUAAUUUAGCUUUAGCAGCUUGAGCUUUAGUAGACAUAGCUGCAUUAGUAACAUAAUCUUUAGCUUUAGAUUUACGUACAUUAGCAAAGUAGCUGCAUUAGCUACAGGCUCAUUUUAGUUUGUAGCUAUGAGAUACGUGAAAACAAGCUUUAAAGAGUGGUCUGAAAGCUGUGGUCUGCAGCCAGACCGUCUUGACUUUCAGGAGUCUCAAAGUGAAGAAAGGUUAAACUACCCUUCUGCAUCAUAGCCCUGAGUCAAGUCCACAAUGUUAAGUUUCUGUGCUGCUUUAUAGCUUUUUUUAGUAAUUUGUUUUUCCCAAGUGAUAUUUGAUGUUUAUAAGACCAACCUAGCUCCACCUCUUACCGUGAGAUUGCUUUUCAAACUGCUGCCUUUUGGCUUCAAAAUGCUGCUGAGACUGAGUCCAUGUUUUUUAUAGUUUAUAGUUAAAAGUCAAGAAUUGUCACACGUUGAACUAUUGCAUCUGUUUUCUUGCUACUUUUUUCUUCAUGCAGGAAAAGGUCAUUACAAUGAGGCUGCUAGUUUAACAAACCAGCAGAGAUUCCUACUACCUUACCACCAGAGUUGAAUAUUUGUUUUUGCUAUCUUCAGUGGUUCUGAUGGACAUGUUGCUUUUUCAUGUUUACGCCAGAGGCAGGACACAGCGAUAAUCAAGUCAUUUUAUUCUCAUAUAGAAAGGGAAAAAGCUAAACUCACUCCUCAUUCAUCAGUGUUAUCUUUCAUUUAGACCAGUUAUAUUAAAUCAGUUUAUAAUGGCUUUAAGACGUGCCUAAUUGCUGAGAAUAAAACACCUGCUGUUAUAAUUAUUCCACUGGCACACUUCACCCUCUGUACCCAUCCCUCCAGGCAGGAUGACUGAUGGCUUCUCUGUCCACGGUGCUCUUGUUUGUCCCCAGAUCCAAUGUGCUGGGGAGUCCAGAACCACGGCAUCCCCACUGUAGCAUGCCUUCAGUCUGCCAAGUGGAAGUCAGUCACUUAACGCUUGAAAAACAAAAUAAUUGAAGAAGAAAAUCCUCUUUUUUUUGUAACUGAUAUAUUUUUCAGAUAAUAAUGUAUAUAGUGUAAAUUUUCCUUGUAUGAAAAGUAAUUAACAACCAGGAAUAGAAACAAAAGGUAUGACACAAACGGAAAAUACAGGUGAUAGUCAACCUUUGUUGCUCAUACUGUCAACCCUUUCUGCAUUGCAGUUCAUAACAACAUUAUGUUUAUUGUAUAGUUCUUGUAUAUACGUACGUGAAUGAAAGCUUUAAAUGUUAAUAUUUAUUAAAUUUUUAAGUGAUAUGGAGAAAAAAGUAAAACACACUUGAAAGA